UCCGGUUCGCGGGGUGCGGUUCCGGGUCGUGGCGCGGCUCGGGGCAACGGGGCUGCUGCUCGGCCGGCCGGCGGCGGCGAGCAGUAGGGGCAUGAGGGCGAGCCGGGAAAGCGGCAGUUGAGCCGGCGGGGAGGAGCGCCAGUCCCCGAGGAUUCCGAGAGUGCGGAGCUCGGGGCAGGGGCCGGGAGGCGCGGGGAAGCUGGGCCCUUCCCUCAGGAACGUGUCCCGGGGCCGAGCCGGCCCGUAGUGUGGCAGCAGCUUCAGGGAGGUGAGCACGUGAAACAAUAUGAAGAGGAGAAAAUAGCCUUUUAAGGAAAUUGGCCCACAGAAAGGAUGGCCUUCUUGGACAAUCCAACUAUCAUUCUAGCUCAUAUUCGACAGUCACAUGUGACCAGUGAUGACACAGGAAUGUGUGAGAUGGUUCUCAUUGAUCAUGAUGUUGACCUAGAGAAGAUUCAUCCUCCUUCAAUGCCUGGAGACAGUGGGUCAGAAAUUCAGGGAAGCAAUGGUGAGACUCAGGGCUAUGUAUAUGCCCAGUCAGUCGAUAUUACCUCAAGUUGGGACUUUGGUAUUAGAAGACGCUCAAAUACAGCUCAAAGAUUAGAACGACUCCGAAAAGAGAGACAAAACCAGAUCAAAUGCAAAAAUAUUCAGUGGAAAGAAAGAAAUUCUAAGCAAUCAGCCCAGGAGUUAAAGUCACUGUUUGAAAAAAAGUCCCUGAAAGAGAAACCUCCAAGUUCUGGAAGGCAGUCAAUAUUAUCUGUACGACUAGAGCAGUGCCCUCUGCAGCUGAAUAACCCGUUUAACGAGUAUUCCAAGUUUGAUGGCAAGGGUCAUGUAGGCACAACAGCAACCAAGAAGAUCGACGUCUACCUCCCCCUGCACUCGAGCCAGGACAGACUGCUGCCAAUGACCGUGGUGACAAUGGCCAGCGCCAGGGUGCAGGACCUGAUCGGACUCAUCUGCUGGCAGUACACAAGUGAAGGACGGGAGCCGAAACUCAAUGACAAUGUCAGUGCCUACUGCCUGCAUAUUGCUGAGGAUGAUGGGGAGGUUGACACAGACUUCCCCCCACUGGAUUCCAACGAGCCCAUUCAUAAGUUCGGCUUCAGUACUUUGGCCCUGGUUGAAAAGUAUUCAUCUCCUGGUCUGACAUCCAAAGAGUCACUCUUUGUUCGAAUAAAUGCUGCUCAUGGAUUCUCCCUUAUUCAGGUGGACAACACAAAGGUCACCAUGAAAGAAAUCUUGCUUAAGGCAGUGAAGCGCAGAAAAGGAUCCCAGAAAAUUUCAGGCCCUCAGUACCGCCUGGAGAAGCAGAGCGAGCCCAACGUCGCCGUGGACCUGGAGAGCACUUUGGAGAGCCAGAGCGCAUGGGAGUUCUGCUUGGUCCGAGAGAACAGUUCAAGGGCAGACGGAGUUUUUGAGGAGGAUUCACAGAUUGACAUAGCUACAGUACAGGAUAUGCUUAGCAGCCACCAUUACAAGUCAUUCAAAGUCAGCAUGAUCCACAGACUACGAUUCACAACUGAUGUCCAGUUAGGUAUCUCUGGAGACAAAGUAGAGAUAGACCCUGUUACGAAUCAGAAAGCCAGCACUAAGUUUUGGAUUAAGCAGAAACCCAUCUCAAUCGAUUCUGACCUGCUCUGUGCCUGUGACCUUGCUGAAGAAAAAAGCCCCAGUCACGCAAUAUUUAAACUCACGUAUCUAAGCAAUCACGAUUAUAAACACCUCUACUUUGAAUCUGACGCUGCUACUGUCAAUGAAAUCGUGCUCAAGGUUAACUACAUCCUAGAAUCACGAGCAAGCACUGCCCGGGCUGACUAUUUCGCUCAAAAACAAAGAAAACUGAACAGACGUACAAGCUUCAGCUUCCAGAAGGAGAAGAAAUCAGGGCAGCAAUGACACUGGCCUCCAGCCCCAAUCUGUCACCAUAGCUCAGAGCCUGCCUGCCAGGGUCAGGUGGCCCUAGAGCCCACCCCGAGUCCUGCAGUCCUCGGGGGCAGGCCACCCCUGGCUCACAGACACAAGGCUGGGGGGGCUCUUGGGGGAACGGAGCUGGGGACAUCUCCACGGGACCGAAGCCUGAGUGGCAGUGGCUUUGAUGAGCAGUGCCAGGGGGCCCGACGACACAGACGACACGCCCAGCCAUCUUCACUGCCCGACAGCCCUGCCUGAGGAUGUACAUAGCCAUGCCCAGACAUUUCCUUGCAACUUGAUCAAAUUUCUUAAAACAAACGAAGAACAAAGAUGUACAUUUCUUUUUUCUUUUUUUUGCUUUUAAUAAACAGGUGUACUCUUUAUCGUGGUUGGUAUGAUGGGCCGUUCUUUGGGGCAGAGGAUUGAUCAUGUCAUUCUCUUUAAAACCUGUUCCCAUAUUGAACAGGCAGAUUGGAAAAGCUAUGGCUCGAUUUCUCAGAAGAAAUGUUUAGGGCUUAGUCAAUAGUUUUAACUAUGCCAUUUGUUUAAAUGAGUGCAUUGCUUUGAGGAUACUAUCUUCCUAAAGUUAGGAUGGGGGGCCUGGUGGUGUGUGUCCCAGGCUCACCCCUUCAGAAACCACCUCUCCUCCGCUCGUCCUGGCACCUCUUGGGUCCAGAGACGCAGGACUGUGGGUCAAGCACGGGGGCGCUGGGAGAGUGGGGUGAUGGCUGGUCUUCAGGUCACACUGAGCUCCCGGCCAGAAGUGGGCUUUUCCAUUUCUUCAAUAACAAGGGUGUGUUUCAGCCAGCCAUUAGUCCUGCAGGUGGAGUUUUCCUGGAAUUGGCAGAAUCUCUGCUCUACUGACUCAGAAGGGCCUCCGCUCCCCCUUCUUCCUCUCCACGCAGUGCCUGCCUCCUUGUCUGAGCAGGCAGGAAGCUGCAAUUUCUCCCUGUGUUGGGGGCGAGGGUGAGCAGAGGCGGCAGGCCCGGCAGGAGCCUGCUCCUGCGGGCUCCGACUGCUCGGGCGGGCAGGCAGGGGGUCGAGCACCCGCCGACGCCACACCUCUGGCCACACCAGAUGCCUCCGCGGUCCUCACCAGCCUCUCCAGGGUCCCUCCCAGGGUGACAUCCUUUCGCGCUGUCUCCGGCCGGGGUUGAGGACCAGACGUUUCACCGAGGACCUGCAUUUCAAACAAUUUUUUAAAUUGUACAGGAAGAGAUGUGCUGAAAACAGCAUCUCAAAGUCGAGUGUGUUUCUUUGCACUGGGGGGCAUUUUAAUGAAUUCCCCUUUCAUUCUGAUCUCUGUUCAGCCAACAGAAGCAUCCUUUUCUAACGUCUUCCAUUCCCGCCCACCCCAGAAACGAAAGAAAUAUUAUUUGUAGCUUGCUAUCUCUCUGUAUUUGAAUUUUUAGCAAUUUUAUAUUUAGAUAUCUUUGAAAAAUGUAAAUGACUAAUUUGGUCAUUAAAUCUUGUGGCAUAUUCAAUAUUAAAAUAUUAAAAUAAAAGUCAGAUAAAUAC